UAAAUGUCCGUUGAGAGCGGGCAUCGUUCGCCGGGUGCGGUGGCGCGCGCCUGUAAUCCAAGCUACCGGGAGGCUGAGGCUGGCGGAUCGUUUGAGCUCAGGAGCUCUGAGCUGCAGCGGACUAUGCCGAUCGGGUGUCCGCACUAAGUUCGGUAUCGAUAUGGUGCUCCUGGGGGAGCCCGGGACCACCAGGUCGCCUAAGGAGGGGUGCACCGGCCCAGGUCGGGAACGGAGCAGGUCAAAGCCCCCGUGCCGCUCAGUAGUGGGAUCGCGCCUGUGAAUAGACGCUGUAGCGCAGCCUGAGUAAUACAGCGAGACUCAGUCUUUUUACUACGGUCCAUGUGGUAAACAAGCUGAAGCAGAAACAUGGAGCCUUCUGAUAAGUGGGCGAAUUUGCCUCAGGGACCGAGUUUGAAGAACCUGACGGAUGGAGGCUUCGGGAAACUGAAGGACAAACAGCACCCCGCCGUCCAGGACCUCACCAAGGCCCACAUCGAGUCCUUUAACCAGGCUGUCACCGAGGGGCUCGCUCGGGUCGUCGUGGCCAUCCCGCCCCUGGAGUUCAUGUUCAGACAGGACAAAGUGACCCUCGCCUUUGUGGAAGCCUCCAUCCACAACCCAGUGGUCACCAAGGGCAGCGUCUGCACAGAGAUGAAGGUUUACCCCGCAGAGUGCCGAGGCAGGAGGUGCUCCUACAAAGGAAAGCUGGUGGCGGACAUCAGCUGGGCGAUCAAUGGCAUCCCGAAAGGCAUCAUCAAGCAGUCCCUGGGUCAGGUGCCGAUCAUGGUGAAGUCCAAGCUCUGCAACCUCCACGGCUUGUCGCCUAAGGAGCUCGUAAAGCAUCAUGAAGAGGCAGAGGAAAUGGGAGGUUACUUCAUCAUGAACGGCAUCGAGAAGGUCGUCCGCAUGCUGAUACAGCAGAGGAGGAACUAUCCGGUCGCCAUGUCCAGGCCCAAGUGGAAGAGCCGCGGUCAGGGAUACACCCAGUACGGUAUCUCCUUGCACUGCGUGAGGGAGGAGCACUCAGCCAUCAACAUGAACCUCCACUACCUGGAUAAUGGCACCGUGAUGCUGAACUUCAUCUACCAGAAGGAGAUGUUCUUCCUGCCGCUGGGCUUUGCUCUGAAGGCUCUGGUGGACUUCACAGAUUUCCAGAUCUACCAGGAGCUGAAAGGCAGCGAGGACAACUCCUUCUAUAAGACCUGCGUGUCAGAAAUGCUGCGCAUGGUGACGGAGGAGGGCUGCACCACCCGCAGCAAGGUGCUCGACUACCUGGGCGAGCGCUUCCGGGUCAAGCUGAGCGUACCGGAGUGGUACACCAACGAGCAAUGCGCCAACUUCCUGCUAAACGAAUGCCUCUGCAUCCACCUGAAGUCGGACCUGGAGAAGUUCUACCUGCUGUGCUUCUCGACCCGGAAGCUCUUCAGUUUCGCCAAGCAGGAGUGCAUGGAGGAGAACCCGGACAGCCUGAUGUGCCAGGAGGUUCUGACUCCGGGUCAGCUCUACCUCAUGUUCCUGAAGGAGAGACUGACGGCGUGGCUAACAUCGGUGAAGCUUUCCUUCGAUAAGCGAGGGUCCAAGCUGACCGGCGAACUGAGCACUGAGAAUGUGAUGAAGUUGUUAACCAUGGGGUCGGAUUUAACCAAACCGUUUGAAUAUCUGCUGGCCACCGGAAACCUGCACUCCAAAACAGGUCUCGGCAUGCUGCAGAACACGGGCCUGUGCGUCGUGGCCGACAAGCUGAACUUCAUCCGCUACCUGUCGCACUUCCGCUGCGUCCACAGAGGAGCCGCCUUCGCCAAGAUGAGGACGACGUCGGUCAGGAAGCUGCUGCCGGAGUCCUGGGGCUUCCUGUGUCCGGUCCACACGCCGGACGGCGAGCCCUGCGGCCUCAUGAACCACAUGACGGCGAGCUGCGAGGUCGUCACCGCCACCGCGUACACCACCGCGCUGCCGGCGCUGCUCUGCUCGCUGGGUGUCACUCCGGUGGACGGUUCUCCGGGUCAGGCCUUCUCUGACUGCUACCCAGUGGUUCUGGAUGGGUCCGUUGUCGGUUGGGUUGAAGCUGAUUUGGCUCCAUCCGUCGCCGACUCGCUGCGCCGCUUUAAGGUGACUUGGAUGAAUUUCUCGUCCUCUUGGUCAUUUUUUCAGGUAAUCUUGACCUCUGAACUCUUCCUUCAGGUUCUGGGACAGAAGAAAGUCCCUCCCUGGACUGAGAUCGUCCUGGUUCCUAAAACCGGGAAGCCCAGUUUGUAUCCGGGCCUGUUCCUCUUCACUACGUUGUGCCGCAUGAUGCGACCCGUCCAGAAUUUGGCUCUUGGGAAGCAAGAGCUGAUUGGCACGUUUGAACAGCUUUACCUCAACGUGGGGAUCCUGGAGGCGGAGAUAGAGCCGGGUGUUAGCACGCACCAGGAGCUUUUCCCCCACAGCAUGCUCAGCGUGGUGGCCAACUUCAUCCCCUACUCCGACCACAACCAGAGCCCCAGGAACAUGUACCAGUGCCAGAUGGGGAAGCAGACGAUGGGAUUCCCGCUGCACUCGUUCACGGAUCGCUCUGACAACAAGCUGUACCGGCUCCAGACGCCGCAGAGCGCUCUGGUCCGGCCCUACAUGUACGACCACUACAACCUGGACAACUACCCGAGCGGCACCAACGCCGUCGUCGCCGUCAUCUCCUACACGGGCUACGACAUGGAGGACGCCAUGAUCGUGAACAAGUCGUCGUGGGAGAGAGGCUUCGCUCACGGGAGCAUCUACAAGACGGAGUUAGUGGACCUGGCGGAGAAGGUGAAGGGAGAGGACGGCGUCGUGUUCGGGGCCAAGCCGGGCGACCCGAAAGUGAACGGGAAGCUGGAUGCGGACGGGCUGCCUCACAUCGGGUCGGUGCUUCAGUACGGAGACCCGUUCUACAGCUACAUCAACCUGAACACGGGACAAAGCUACGUCAGCUUCUACAGGAGCCAAGAGUCUUGUGUCGUCGACAACAUAAAGGUCUGCAGCAACGACACGGGAUCGGGUCGCUUCAAACGUGUCUGCAUCACCGUCCGAGUGCCGCGUAACCCGAUGAUCGGCGACAAGUUCGCCAGCCGCCAUGGUCAGAAGGGCAUCCUGAGCCGCCUGUGGCCGGCCGAGGACAUGCCGUUCACCGAGAGCGGCAUGAGCCCGGACAUCCUCUUCAACCCGCACGGCUUCCCGUCUCGCAUGACCAUCGGGAUGCUGAUCGAGAGCAUGGCCGGGAAGUCGGCCGCCAUGCACGGCCUGAGCCACGACGCCACGCCGUUCACCUUCUCCGAGCAGAACUCUGCGCUGGAGUACUUCGGGGAGAUGCUGCGCGCCGGCGGCUACAACUACUACGGCACGGAGCGGCUCUACAGCGGGCUGAGCGGCCAGGAGCUGGAGGCCGACAUCUUCAUCGGCGUCGUGUACUACCAGCGGCUCCGCCACAUGGUGUCCGAUAAGUUCCAGGUGCGCACGACGGGAGCGCGGGAUAAGGUGACCAACCAGCCGCUGGGAGGAAGGAACGUCCAGGGCGGGAUUCGGUUCGGGGAGAUGGAGCGGGACGCGCUGCUGGCCCACGGCUCGUCCUUCCUACUGCAGGACCGGCUGUUCAACUGCUCGGACCGCUCCGUGGCGCAGGUGUGCGUGGACUGCGGCAGCCUGCUGUCGCCGCUGCUGGAGAAGCCGCCGCCGUUCUGGUCGGCCAUGCGCCACCGGAAGACGGUGUGCAGUUUGUGCGGAAAGAGCGACUCUGUGGACUCCGUGUCUGUUCCGUACGUUUUCCGUUACUUCGUGGCUGAGCUAGCAGCGAUGAACAUCAAAGUGAAACUGGAUGUGAAGUGAAAGGAACAAUCAAAGCCUCUGUUUUCCUCUGCAGCUAUUUAUCAGGUAGCGCUAAAGUUUGAAUGUUUUGACCCUUAAAUAAAAGAUUUUUAACUGUC